AUGGCUGAGUCGGGUCAGGAAGGAGAGCUUCAGAUGUCAGCUACGAGCCCGGUUAAUUUAGUCAUGGCAGCUGUACCUCAGAGUGUGGAGUUGUCCUCGAUGGGCCUACAGAAUUCUCAAGAGGCGAUGAAUUUGCCGGCACCUACACCUUACAUUAACAAUAUAGGUAUGCAUGUUGUACAAGCCAUUCGGCAGAAAAUUAUUGAGGGUCGGUACAUUGAUUUAGUCUCUCUGUUGCCACCAAAAGCUGGGGGGGGAGGGAGAGAGAGAGAGAGAGAGAGAGAGAGAGAGAGAAAACUCGUCAUGAAUAACCUCGGGGAAAUAGUAACUAGGGACUCGACACCCAAACGUAUAGAGUCUAUAGAAAAAUGGACGGAUGUCAUGUUGAAUUUUGCAGCAAUCUACUUAAAGGAACACCCUGCUAAAAACAUUGACCUCCUUAAGUACAUUCAAACAGUAAGAAUGGGGGCUGGUAGGGGUUAUAAGUGGUGGUAUGAGUAUGAUAUUCAGUACCGCCUUCGCAAGGUCAAUGACCCCGGUAGCUCUUGGGGGGAGGUCGACUCGGAACUUUGGCUUAUGUAUAUGACCCCAUCUUCUGUGGAAACUCAUACUCUGAGUCUGAAACAAGCCCCGGCAGCCGCAGGGAAAUGUUAUGAUUUCAACUUCCAAGGAUCUUGUAGCAAAUUUCCUUGUUUUUAUGAUCAUAUGUGCUUGCGAUGUAAUGGGCAGCAUGCCAUGAUGCACUGUCCAGGGGUUUAUCAACCGUAA